AAUCAACAUUCAUUCUCUAUUAUCUAUACAGUUUCAAUACUAAUCGAAACACUACUGUUAAUCAUAUUACUAUUAUUAUAAGUAGUAUUGUUACCCUUAUUCAAAAGUGUUAUUAUUCAGGAAGAGUUUGGUCGUUACAAUGAAAUUUGAAAAACAUAAAGAAAGUUAUUCAACAGAAUUGAAUAGUAACCAAGUAGGUUAUUAAUUUGUUUGUUUAUGUAUUCAAUUACAUCAUAAUAUGAAUAUCUAGAUUAGAAUAGAAACAAAUCAACAAGUAACCAGUGGUGAUUUUUCUAUGAAGGUAAUUCAUUAAAACAAAACAACAAUAAUGAAUGAUACUGAAAUUCUAAGGCAAGUGCUAUAGCUUUGCUACAACUAUUAAUCAUAUUGGGAAUGAAUCUUCCUUUUAUAUUAAUGUAAGUUCAUUUGAUUCAUUUGGAAUCAUCUGAUUCUAUUUAUAAUAAGUCGUACAUUGAAGGAAUGGUUAGGAACUGCGAAUUCGUUUGUUGGGAUAUGUUUGUAAGUUUUCAAUUGUAUGGUAUAUCUGUUAUGUUUAAAAAAGACUUAAAAGAUACACAGAACUGGGAUAGGAUUGGGAGAAGCCGCUUAUGAUAAUAAAUGCAGUAAAUGUCAUAAGUGUGUGUAAAUACUUCUAUAUAUGACACUAGAAAUGAACUUGCAUUACAUCAUGCUCUUCGAAAUUAUCAGAAAUAGAGUCGGCAAGCAAAGGUGGAUAGUGACUAGCAGUGGAAUCCAUGACACAUGUUUCGUCCUAUUUGGGACUCGCUAGCCGGAUGUACCUGCUACUCAGAGUUCAUGUUCACUCUGGGACUUGAACCCAGUACCUUUCACUUCGAACGCCAUCGCGUUAUCCACUCGACCACUGAGUCCUGAUAGCCACUUGCUUGUGCAAUGGGGUGAAGUUUAAAUUCAUUUACUAUUGUUUGUUUGAAUCUUCCCAUUGAUGCAGAACUGUUUACUGAAUAUUAAUAAGUAGCAUGAAACAACACAUAAAGUACAAAUAAAAUUAUAAAAGAAGAAGAACAGAAAGUAUAAGCGAACUUAACACCUGGUGUAUUCCUGCAAGACUGGGAUUUCAAAUUUACCAUUGUUAAGGUCGGCUUAGUGAAAGGAUAUAACACGAUCAAAUUGUAACACCUGUUUCAUAGUCAUCAAUUCACCCUAACACAAUUUAGUCAAAAUCAGGUUGUUCACGUUUGAGACUGGUGAAUCCGUAAUAUAAGAUAACCAUUAUCCAUCUCAUUCAAUGGAUAACAAUCACAUUCUGUGCAUGAUUUAUCCAUAUCUAUCAAAAUAUCGUUCCAUCUUUAAAAUAUCAAUCAUUAUUUUUGCAUCAUUCUGAACUUUAUGCUGCUUAUCGUUUUACUUUUUCACAUUAGUGUAUUUCAAUCUGUAUUUGCUUUGUUUUAUUACAGCUUUUUAGGACUCAAUAUUGACUUGGAGAUGGCUCUCGUACCACAACUACAAUUCAAAUUUCCAUGGAACUACAUACUAUUGGUAUUCAAUUCGAUGAUUAUUUCGAUCCCAGCUUCAAGGUCACUUUCUGAAUUGAACAUUGUGUGGUUUCCAAGUAGUUGGAUUAUUACAUUGGGAAUCACGUUACUGACUUUAUUAUUCGGCGGAUUAAAACGAUUCGAUAUACAAAGAUCUUUCAAUAUAUUCUUCACUGUUGUAUUCACUUUACAAGCAGUAGUUUAUAUCGUUCUCAUUGUAUUAAAUCAUUUUGAAUGCUAUGAUGUGAUCUUGAUUAUUUCUGGAUUUGGAAUGCUACUGACAAUCAUCUAUGUAAGUAAUUCAGAAGUAUAACCCAAAUACUUGUUCUGUAUCUUCCCUAGACAUAGCCCAGAUUUCGAAUCAUGUACUUCGAUACAUGUACUUCUCAAAAACAUUAAAACCUGAAUGUAUAUCAAACCGUUUCAUCACACGCUCAAUCGUGACGCCAAUAAGAUAAUCAGGAGUAUUUGAAUUGUAAUAUAAACUAGUAAUCCCAAGAAUUACGCCAUUUAAUCAAGAAGUAUUAGAUGAGCAAAACGAAUGUAUUGUAUUUGGAAUUCAAAAUCACAACACUCAUCAAUACAAAUAAAUCAUUGGGUCAUUCGAAUAUCACAAACUCCUUGGCUGUGCACAUUCACGAUCUCACCCACGGGAUUCGAAUCCAAGUCCUAUCAAUCCAAUGCAUGCAGGGUUUCUAACUUUAAAAUAAUUUCAACCAUUAAAUUACUAAAAUCUCCAUAAACCACCCUUCUGAUUAUAAUAUUUUGUGUUUAGUCAUAGCCAUUAUUGGAAUUGACAGUAACAUACAUAUGUUGAACGAUAGUUAUACACAUGGUUUUAAAUGAUUGAAGUAAAAGCAUGAUACUGAUCAAUAUGUACAUUGAUUUCAGGAAUUGGCAAUUGCAACUCAAGCAAUUUUUCCAGGUGAUAAACGAUUCGGUUUUCGAGAUGAUCAAUAUUUUCUGUGUGGAUUAGUUCUUGCAACAAUAAUGAUUUGGAUGAAUAUGAUCAUUUCAAGUGAAAUAACACUUAUUCAACAUGUAUCCAAGAAUGCAAGCCAAUAUAUUUCAGAGGAAAAAAUAGAUAUGUACUUGUCUAUAGACAUUCAUUAGUGGUUGUCCAUGACUGUUAUCAUUUGUUCUGUGAAACCGUUAUUGAGAUCACAAGAUCAUUUACUUUUAAUUUGCCAUACUAAAAAUUGUAACCAAAAUCAUUUUCUUCCUACUUUAUUCAUUAAAUGAAUUUUUCCUAUACAUCUGUAGGUGAUGAUUCUAUUGUUACAUAUACGAAGUUGAACUGCUACGUUACAUUCUGCUUGUUCUAUCAUGAAUUUAAAGUUUUCUCA